AUGUACAUCACCCUCUACUACAUAGUCACCCGGCUCCCUGACUCUCUCCGCGUAGUCACGGACCACUUCCUCUCAAAUUGCCCCACCACUCUCACCGUUGACCUACUCGAGAAGGCCCUCCUAGCGGCACAGAAGAGCAUAGUCGCUGUAGGAGCCUCUCAUGGUGACCCUCGCACCCCCGUCUUUGAGGGGUGUUCUCCCUCCCCCCUCUUGCCUUCUGUUGCCUCUGCUGCUGCGGCCCACCUCUUUGGUUUCGAGUCGGUCGGCGCUGCGUUUGCCCCGAGCGGGAAACGCCGCACAGGCAAGGGCAAGGGGGGCAAGGGCGCUGGGGGGGCUGGAGGGGGUGGUGGAGGUGGUGGUGGAGGCAGUGGAGGGAGUGGGGGUGGUGGUGGGAGUGGUGCUGGGGGUGGCGGCGGCGGCGGCAGAAGUGGAGGCGGCGGAGGCGGUGGUGGUGGCGGAGGGAGCGGAGGAGGCGGAGGUGCCGGAGGAGGCAGAGGUGGAGGAGGCGGCGGAGGAGGCGGCGGCGGCGGUGGUGGAGCGGGUCGCGACUCUGCGCAGAGGAGUGGCUCCGGUGGUGGUCCGCGCCAGCAGCAGCGGAGUGGUGUGACCCUGUCCCCUCAGCAGCUUCGUGAGUGGUACACUGCGCAUCAGCGCGAUAGGGGUUUUGGUCCCUGCACUUACGUCCUCCAUACCGGCGACCGAGCUGGUGCUGGUGAGGCUGCUGCUCUAGGUGUCAGUGCGUCUGCUGCCCCAGGUGCCAGUGCGUCUGCUGCCCCAGGUGCCAGUGUGUCUGCUGCCCCAGGUGCCACUGCGUCUGCUGCCCCAGGUGCUGGUGAGUCUGCUCUCUCAGGUCUCUACCUCCCCUCGUUCUCUACGAACUUGGUGAGUGGAGCGGACCUAUAG